AUUUAUGGGUAACAAUAAGACUUUUGGUACCUAUACCAAUAGUCAAUAUGUUAUUAUAAUGUGUGUCGGAUAAGGUUUUGAAUAAUUCAACUAGAUUAAAUAUGUAAAAGUCUAAAACUAUUUAGUAGUGAUUGUAUACACUGUAUAUAACCUAGGAGAGUAAUAAACGUUUGAUAUUAUAUUAUAUGUUUAUACUAUAUUAUACAGAUGAUAUUGGAUUUUUAAAUUACAUUUUUGUAAAGCAAUUUAUUCCACCAAGAGGUUCCUCUUUUUGGGACUUUUUAGCACCUCUGAAAGAAUAUAUUGGCAGUGAUGUAUUUGAAAAUACUAAAGCUGAAGAAUUCAAAUGUUUAGAUUCAGUCUUUUGCGUAGUCCAUCAGGCUUCAUUUAUAAAUGAAGAUUCCUUACAAAAUCCAGAAACAUAUUGUACUGAGAUAUCAAAAAAAUCGAUGCACGAUGAUUUGACAAACAAAAGUAAGAUGAGAAACUGUAUAUUAGUUUUAAUAUUGCACAAUUCAUCACCAAAAGAAAAUAUAUUUAUAUUAUAUAAUUCGAACAAAUUUCUCAAGUUAAAAUAAGUAAAAAUAAAUGAUACGUUAUUUUUUUAAUUUUUUUUUUUUGCAUAUGGUGCUAUUUACGGUAGAAGGACUGAAGGCCUAGUUCGGACGCUUAUUUCAUAUUUGGCAGAAUGUCUAAUUGGGUACUCGUAGGCCAUAGGUUUCUGCUAUGCCUGGUUGGGGGAUGGAUGGCGGUCUCGGGCGGAACCGUUUUCGGUCAAAAUAAACCUAUCCUUUAUCGGCCAUUCUGGAAUGUCCGUUUUCGUCCGAUAAACAAUUUGGUCACCAAUUAAAAAUAUUCUUCAAUUUUUUUU